CUCUGCCCAAUCAGCGCGCGCCAGAGCCACGAGUGACGGCAGAAGCAGCCAAUCGCAGCCAGCGGCGGGCUCUGCACACGGCACGGCCUCGCCUGCCUUGGGCUGAGCUCCGCCAUUUCUCGUUAGCCUGGGCUGAGGAGCGGCCCCGGCGCUGGGCCCGGCCCGGGCAGGAGGCCAAGGAAGCGCCGCUGCGCUGAAGCGCCGGGAGCUCGGGGUGCCCGGGAGCUGAGGGCGCUGCGAGCUGGGGGAUUUUUCAUUCCCAAACUGAGGCCAGAUGGAGGAGAAGGGAAAGCCCCAGAGAUCCCGCACGAGGAGGGUCUGUAAACCCAGCCCAAGGAGCUGUGAAGAGGAAAGAUCCCCCCAGUGCCAGGAAGGCGGCCGGAGAUCCAGCCAGAGCUCGGAGCUGGGGGUGAAGCCUCAUGGAGGGGAGAAGCCCCACAGGUGCUUGGAAUGUGGGAAGGGCUUCAGCCAGAACUCCCACCUGAUGCAGCACCAGAGGAUCCACACUGGGGAAAAGCCCUACAAGUGUGGGGAAUGUGGGAAGAGCUUCAGCCAGAGCUCCACCCUUAUGCGGCACCAAGUGAUUCACACUGGGGAAAAGCCCUACAAGUGUGGGGAAUGUGGGAAGAGCUUCAAUGACCGCUCCAGCCUUAGGAAGCACCAGGGGAGCCACAGUGGGGAACGGCCCUACACCUGCUUGGAUUGUGGGAAGAGCUUUGGUCAGAGCUCCACCCUGACAAAUCACCAGCUCAUCCACACCGGGGAGAAGCCCUACGAGUGUCCCAAGUGUGGGAAGAGGUUUCAGCGCAGCUCCACUCUCAUCAGACAUGAGCGGAUUCACACAGAUGAGAGGCCUUUCCGCUGCCCCGACUGCGGGAAGAGCUUCAACCGCAACACCAUCCUCACCGUCCACUGGCGCAUCCACACUGGGGAGAGGCCCUACGAGUGUCCCCAGUGUGGGAAGAGCUUCUCCAGGAGAUCUAACUUGACCCAACACCAACAGAGUCACCAGUAAGGGAAGCCCUGCGAGUGCCCCGAGUGCAGGAAGAGCUUCGUGCGCUGCUCCAGCUCCAUCCCCCAUGGGAGGAUCGGCGUUGGAUGAUCCCCAGUGACCCCCGUUGGGCAGAGCCCUGGUGAUCCGUGGUCCUGGUGAUCGGUGUUGGGAAGACACCUGGCUGGGAGGCUCCACAUCUUCCUGGCUCCUUGUGGGCACCUGGAUGAACACCGGGGCAGGAACAUCCAUCGAGACACAGACCAAUAGUGGGAAUUCCUUUGGGAGAGCAGAUUUGUUGACUUUCAAUCCCAGAAAACUGUUAAAGCUAAU